AUGUUGCGACUAUUUGAGUGGUUUACAGAAUUGGAGCUCCGAUGGUAUGCUGUACCGGCAGUUUCGUCGAUGCUCUUUGAUGUGGGCGGUCUUCAAUUCACAGCGACUGCAUUCAGCGGUUGGUACAUGUCAACGGAAAUUGGUUGUCGGAAUUUGUGUGAUGUAAAUCGUCGAAAUAUGUUAGAGACCAUUGCGUUGAAAAUGAAUUUGGAUACUCGCACACCAACCUCAUUGUGGAAAGAUAAAGCUGUUGUUGAGGCAAAUAUAGCCGUGCUGCAUUCCUAUCAAAGUCACAACAUCACAAUAGUCGAUCACCACACGGCUAGUGAAAGUUUCAUGAAACAUUUUGAGAAUGAAUCAAAAUUGCGGAUACAAAUUCAGUUAAAAGAUAAUAAGUUGGAGUUAUUACGUUUCACUCCUCACUGA